AUGAACGAGAUGUCGAAUAGUGAUGCAUCUGCCCCCCGUGAGCAGCAGCGGGCCUCCGUGCCGCGGCCCGCCAGCCUGGACGCCCAUGACAAAAGCAAAUACGCAGAUCCGUUAGAUCCCGAAGAGCGUGAGGUGGCGGCAACGAGGAAGUCGCCCACAACGCACGUUACUGCGCCGGUGCCUCUCCAGGCAGAGCGGCAGCUGCCCCAUGAGGCACGUGCGGCUGAAGACGCAAACGUACCGCAUGCGCCAAGAGCCGUGCGCCACGCUUCCUCCGGGGUGGAGCAGGAGAGUCAUGGGAAGUCUCCCCACCGUGGGCAGAGGGAGUUUUCGAUGGCGUCAGAAGACCCGACAAGUUCGCACUUGGCCAAGGAUGCAUCUACGGAAUUUGGUGAAAAAAAAGACUCCAUCGCAGUAGAGGUCACGGCUGACGGUGUCACGCGCCUGGAGGAACUUGAUCCACGGGAACUUGCCCGACUGUACGCGCAACAACAAGCUGCCCUUCGCUCGGUUCGUGGAGAGUUUGAUGUUUUAUACGUCCCAGAUUGGGUUCGCCUGCACCCAUUGCUGGGGUCCUACGUGGCCGAAGCAUUUGGAACGUUUGCCUGCGUCCUCACUCUGUCGCUUGUCAGUGUUCGUAAUCAAAGUGUUUUUGACAAGGGCGACGAUACCAACAUGACGGCGCUUCCGAUAGGGUUUAUGUUUAUGUGCAUGGUGUUUACUUUUGGUUACAUUUCCGGUGGCCACUUCAACCCUGCCGUCACGCUGGCUGUGUUUCUCGUACAAAAGUUGGAUUUUGUGCGAGCCGCGGGGUACGUGGUUUGCCAAACUGGUGCGGCCACUGGCGCUGGACUUGUGGCAAUGGCCAUUCAAGGGGGCACCGACAUAUUUGUGCCGUACGUGGGCAAGGCGUACGUCUCCUCAGGCAUAUUCUCGGAGCUCAUCUUUACCUUUGCUGUCGCCACGGUGGUGCUGAAUGUGGCGUACUCCCGGCAGAGCGGAAACUUUUUCUACGGGUUUGCCAUUGGAAUGACGGUUGCCGCCGGCUCCGCCGCUGUUGGGCGCAUUUCUGGUGGUGCCUUCAACCCCGCCGCCGCCACGGGCCUGCAGCUGGCGCUCUGCCUUACCGGGGACUGCGCCCCCUUAGCAUCCUUCUGGGUCUACUGGAUGGCGCCGCUGGUCGGCUCUGCGUUUGCGGCCUUGCUGUACUCGCAGCUCUCGCAGCCGGAGGACACCCGGGCCCUCACAGACGCGGUGGUGCAGCCGGAGAAUCCACCCGCAACCGAGGCGGCCCAAGCGGCUUAG